AUGGUGUCAGCUGAACUAAAUCAGAAUGGGGAUAAUAAUACUGAGAACAUAUCUGCCGAGCAGUUGCUUUCUGUAGAUUCCUCUGAUGGUGUCUUCGGGGAACCAAAAGUGCUUCCCCGUGUUGGUGAUGACUACCAGGCUGAAAUUCCUUCUGUUAUCACUGGACCUGAGUAUGAUAGCUAUAUGAAGAAGCUGGAUGAUGCUGAAAAGAACGAUCACGUUCCCUUGGAUUUUAAGCAGGGAUUGCCGGUCCCAGUCAAGUGGACCAGAAAUAUCAACAAAGAGAAUAUGAGAGAUGCAAAGCAAGGAUUUUAUACUCAAUCAAAUAAUGCACCUUCGCUAUUUGGAAGCGUCAGAGAGACAAACGAUCAAUACCAAGGGUCCUCUUAUUCUUUGGUUCCUGAGGUUUGUGGUGAUUCUUGGAAUGAUAUUGAAGAAGCAAGUUUUCUUCUAGGUUUAUACAUCUUUAAGAAGAACUUUGUGCUGUUGCAAAGGUUUGUCGGAACUAAAAAGAUGGGGGAUAUAUUGUUAUAUUACUACUCAAAAUUUUAUAGGUCCUCUGAUUACAAUAGAUGGUCAACAUCCCGCAAAGGGAAAAGUAAAAAGUGUGUAUCUGGCAAAUCGCUAUUUAGUGAUUUGAGGCGACAGGAAAUACUAUCUCGUCUGCUUUCCCAGGUGUCCGAGGAAUGCCAGAAAGCACUAAUGAAGGCCACCAAAGCAUAUGAGAAGAACGAUGAGAAGGACGAUGAGAAGAACGAUACAUCACUAAUCGAUUAUGUAUUCUCUAUAAAGUCCAUGGUUGGGAUAGAGACUUUUGUUGAUGUAGUUUCUAUUGGUAAAGGCAAGAGAGAUCUCACAAACAAGGUCAUUGAGCCUGUGCGGAUACCAACCGGGGAAGCAUGUUCCUACCUGACUUGUACUGAGAUUGUCAAUUUUUUAACUGGAGGCUAUCGGUUAAGCAAAUCUCAAUCCAGCGAUUUAUUCUGGAAAGCAGUCUGGCCGCGUUUGUUGGCAAGAGGAUGGCACUCAGAACAGCCAAAGAAACAGGCUUGUAUUCCAGGUGCAAAGGAUACCCUGGUCUUUCUUACGCCUCAUGUUGAGAAGUAUUCAAGAGGAUUAAUGAAUGGAAAACAUUAUCUUGUCUCUGUUAUGGAGGUCUUGGACAAAGUUGGUUCUGAGCCAGAGCUUCUCGAGCCUCACGCUGAAAAUGAUGGAGAGAAGGAAGAGGAGGAUGGGUGGAUCGAGGAGAUUUCUGACAGGAGUUCGGACCAACUAGUUCAGAUUCAUGGUCCAGGUUCCAUAAAACCAGUGGAAAAAUUCAAGAAUCUGAAAAGUUUGUAUGAGGACCAGCAGGCAAGGAAGCCGGUGAAUAUUCAGCUGAGCCAAAAGCAUAAGCGAAAUGAUCUUGAUACUUCAACUUCAGUUCGAAAAAAAUAUAGGACUGUAGCUUCUUGUUUAUCCAAAGAUAGGAUGGCAACUAGUUCACAAAAAGAAAGCCCUUGUUGGAGCCCCGGAGGUUCUCUAGAUGAUAAUCGUCCUGAUCGAGAAAAUCCUCAAUCAAGAAUGUUAAUUGACUUGAACUUGCCUCAACAACCUGUAGACUUUCCAAACAGCGGUUUCCAGACAGAUUCAACAAACAUGCCAGAUGACAUCACGAGUACUCAACAAAAUGUCUUCUAUGCAGCCAACACCUCUGCAGACAUCAGUGUUCCUGAGCAGCCUGCUAACUUAAACCCUCGGGGACAGAGUACUAGGAACAGAGCCCCAACGGCAAGAGCACUAGAAGCCCUGGUAAAUGGAGAUUUGACAGAAAGUUCAGGGAGGAGGAGGAAGGACUGA